ACGUCACUGGCCCGCGCCGGACCUGGAGGAGGAGGAAACGGGUAGAGGGUCGGCGGGCGCAUGGCGGCAGUGGGCUCCGCGGCCUCGGGCCCCGGCUCGGGCCUGCAGCUGCCCACCUUCGCGACCGCCCGAGCGCUCGUGAAGCCCGGCUCGUGCCUGCGCGUGGGUCCGCACCGUCGUCACGUGGCGCUGGCCCCGCGCUUCCUGGGCCGCAAGCGGAGCGGCCUCCGCGAGCAGCUGGACGGGGAGCUGCUGCGCUACUCGGAGAGCCUGCGCGGCGUGCCAGUGGCCUACGACAACCUCAAGAUCGUGGGCGAGCUGGGCGACAUCUACGACGACCAGGGCCACGUGCACCUCGACAUCGAGGCCGACUUCGUCCUGUUCUGCCCCGAGAAGGGCCAGAAGCUCGUGGGUGUAGUCAAUAAGGUGGCCCCCAGCCACCUGGGCUGCUUGGUGCAUGGGUGUUUCAAUGCCUCCAUCCCCAAGCCGGAGCACAUGCCCAUGGAGCAGUGGCAGAGCCUGCAUUUCCAUUUGGGAGAUGAGCUGGAGUUUGAAGUGUCCCGCCUGGACUCCGAUGCUGCAGGCGUCUUCUGCAUUCGAGGAAAGCUCCUUGUUAGCAGCUUGCCGCCUGCACUUCCCAAAGGGUCUGGGGACAUUGGUAAUGAGGCCGAGCCUGGAGCAGGGGGAGAGAAGCCAAAGAAGAAGAGCAGAAAGAGCCUGAAGCAGCCCCAUGAGGACUGUGGUCCCACACCGGCUGCUGUGCCUUCAGAUGUGGCUGGGGCAGCGGAGACCAGCCCCCAGGCCCUCGAGACUGAGAAUGGACUGCCUGAGGAGCAGGAGCCCCAGAGGAAGAAGCAGCACCACCGAGAAAAGCUGGAGCAAGACCCUCUGUGGCACGCCAGUGACUCGAGCGGUUACCAGAGUGACCACCAGAAGAAGAAAAGAAAGAGAAAAAGGCACAGUGACGAGCCUGAGGGUCCUGAGGCCCCUGAAGAGCCAAGACCAAAAAAGAAAAAGAAAAAGGAAAAGGAGUGAGUCUUCUCCAGGCAGAGGGGAGGCCAGAGGGGCCUGUCCAGUCCAGUGGGCCAAAAGAACGGCCUGAGCUCGCUCCCACCAGUCUGGAGAGAGAAAGAAAUGGUUGCACGUGAACAUUUUAAUAUUCCAGAGAGAAAAAAUGACUCCCAGAAUCCAGGGUCAAGUUCCAGUCUCUUUGGCCAAACACGUGGGUGCUGAGUGUCACGUCUGGGCUGUUCCUGAGCCCGGGGGUCUCUGCGGCAAGGAGGAUCGAAACCCACUUUGGGAGUUGUCAGUGUCCAAGGGAGAGCCACAGUUAGGGGAGGCUGACUUUCCUCCUUCCCAUUGAUCAGCAUGGCAGGGAACAGAAAGUAUGGCCCUGUCUUCUUGAGGGCUUACGUGGUGGUAGGCCGGCCAAAGAGCAGGCAUCCCUCCUUGUAAUCUUGAGGGAAUUUAACUUUACUGCCAUGAUUGCCCUCAUUUGGGGGCAAAUAAUAAUAAUGACAAUGGCUCCCCUUUUUAUAGUGCUUGUCACGAUGUGCCAGGCACGGUGCAAAGUAUUCUUACAACUAUCGUUUGACCUGGUGCCAAGUGUGUUAGUUAUCUCCUGUGACCCUCACAACAACCCUGAGAGGGAAGGAGAAAACUGAGGCUCAAAGAAGCCAAGGUUCUUUUUCAGGGUCACCCA